CCUUCAUUACAAUUUUUUCACUCGUGUCGUAAGUAGCUCGUGUGCUUGGUGUAGAGAAUUUGUAAAAAUUAACAUUUAAAUUGUGAAAAUAUGGCUAAUCAAGUGAAAAAAGAAAAUGGUUUACAUAAUGGAAACAAUCACAAUGAAGAAGAUGAGGAUAUUACUGAACCAGAACAUCUUCGCAAGUUAUUUAUUGGUGGUUUAGAUUAUCGUACUACCGAUGAUGGUCUUAAAUCACAUUUUGAGAAAUGGGGUAAAAUAGUCGAUGUCGUUGUGAUGAAAGACCCACGAACAAAGCGUUCACGUGGCUUUGGGUUCAUUACAUAUUCGAAGUCAGCCAUGAUUGAUGAUGCACAAAAUGCACGCCCACAUAAAAUUGAUGGUCGUGUGGUUGAGCCAAAACGUGCAGUACCACGUCAAGAUAUUGAUAAUCCCAAUGCUGGUGCUACGGUAAAGAAACUUUUCGUUGGUGGUCUUAAAGAUGACCACGACGAACAAUGCUUACGCGAACACUUUGGCGAAUAUGGCAAUAUAUGUGAGGUUAAUAUUGUCAUGGACAAAGAAACUGGCAAAAAACGUGGCUUCGCAUUCAUUGAAUAUGAUGACUAUGAUCCCGUUGAUAAGAUUGUGUUGGAAAAGACACAUUCAAUACUUGGCAAGACUUUGGAUGUAAAGAAAGCAUUACCAAAGCAAGAAGGUGGUCGUGGUAAUCAAGGUGGUGGUGGUGGCGGCGGCGGCGGUGGUAAUGGUGGUCGCAAUUCAGGUCGCGGUGGAAAUAUGGGUCGUGGCGGUAAUAUGGGUGGUGGUAAUAGAGGUAAUAAUAAUGAAGGUUGGGGCGGUAAUAAUCGCGGAAAUGACAAUUGGGGUAACAAUAAUUUUGGUGGUGGAUAUAAUAAUGGCGGCAAUGGCAAUUGGGGCGGUAAUAAUGCCGGACCUUGGGAUAAUAAUAAUGGUAGUAACUGGAGUGGACCUGGUAAUUUUGGUGGUCAUGGUGGUGGCCAUGGCGGUAGUAAUAAUGGAGGAAACAAUGGAAACUGGGGCAAUGAUUUCGGUAGCGGUUAUCAACAAAACUAUAGUGGUGGUCCACAACGUGGCGGCAAUAAUGGAGGUUUUGGAAAUAACCGCAUGCAACCCUAUAGUAAUAGUGGCAAUUUUGGAAAUAACAAAAUGGGUAAUAACCAAGGUGGUAAUUUCGGCGGUGGUAAUCAGGGCUUCAAUAAUGGACCCAAUAUGGGCGGUGGCAAUAAUAGAAGAUAUUAAGGUGAGAAAUUUGUGGCAGGUAAAGUCCCAUAUUUCAAGCAAUCAAACCAAAAUUAAGUCAACUUAUAAAACAAAAACAAACCAGCAGUAUUUAUCUCAGUUCAGUUCAGUAAUCCAAGAUAUAUGUGUAUACAUAUAUAUAAUAAUAUAUAUAUAACAUAUACAUUGAAACGCAUUAUAAGUCCAUAUAUAAAUCUAAAAUCAGUCAGAAGCAGAAUUUUGAAGUUCAUGGAAGGAGUAAUGCAAUGUGUGAGAAGAGAAAUGUGAAGUAUCGAUGAAAGGAUCAAAUACAUUUAAAAGCAGCAGAAAUUUAGAAAUUUACUUAUAAGCGAA